GCGGCAGCGGCCCGGGCGCGCGGGUGGGCAGCGGCGGGGCGUGAGGCUCCGGGCGAGGCGCGGGGGCCCCCGGGGCCGCGGGAAUGGGACAGGGGCCCCGGCCCGCACCCGCACCCGCGCAGCGCCCCGCUGGAUGCCGCCCUCCGGCCCCUCGGGACGCAAGAAGGGAUGGCAGCCGUCGCGGCCCUGAGGCUGGCCUGGCCCCCGUGGCCGCUGCUUCUGCUCCUCCUGGGGGCGCCCGGCAGUGGCGGCUGCCCGGCGCUCUGUGACUGCAGCUCCCAGCCCCGGGCGGUGCUCUGUGCCCAUCGGCGCCUGGAGGCCGUCCCAGGGGGCCUCCCUCUGGACACUCAGCUCCUGGACCUCAGCGGGAACCGCCUGUGGGGCCUGCAGCGGGGCAUGCUGUCUCGCCUGGGCCUGCUCCAAGAACUGGACCUCAGCUACAACCAGCUGUCCACUCUCGAGCCCGGGGCCUUCCACGGCCUGCAGAGCCUACUCAGCCUCAAGCUGCAGGGCAACCGGCUGCGCAUCAUGGCCCCCGGGGUCUUCGCUGGACUGUCCGCCCUCACGCUGCUGGAUCUACGCCUCAACCAGAUCGUCCUCUUCCUGGACGGGGCGUUCCGGGAGCUGGGCAGCCUCCAGCAGCUGGAGGUGGGCGACAACCACCUGGUGUUUGUGGCCCCGGGAGCCUUUGCAGGCCUGACCAGACUCAGCAGCCUGACCCUAGAGCGGUGUAACCUCAGCUCGGUCCCUGGCCUGGCCCUGGCGCGGCUGCCUGAGCUGGUGGCCCUCCGGCUGCGGGAGCUGGACAUCUGGAGGCUGCCAGCGGGCGCCCUCCGGGGACUGGGCCAGCUAGAGGAACUGGAGAUCCACCACUGGCCGUCUCUGGAGGUUCUGGAGCCGGGCAGCCUGAUGGGCUUGAACCUCAGCAUCCUGGCCAUCACCCGCUGCAAUCUGACCACUGUGCCCGUCCAGGCCCUGCACCACCUCAGCUUCCUCCGAGUGCUGGACCUGUCCCAGAACCCCAUCUCGGCCAUCCCCGCCCACAGCCUCAGUCCCCUGGUGCGCCUCCAGGAGCUGCGCCUGUCUGGCGCCAGCCUCACGUCCAUCGCCGCGCACGCUUUCCACGGCCUCACGGCCUUCCACCUGCUGGACGUGGCGGACAACGCCUUGCAGACCCUGGAGGAAACGGCCUUCCCGUCUCCGGACAAGCUCGUCACGCUCAGGCUGUCUGGAAACCCCCUGACCUGUGACUGUCGCCUUCUCUGGCUACUCCGGCUGCGCCGGCGCCUGGACUUCGGCAAGUCCCCCCCUGCCUGUGCGGGGCCGCAGCACGUCCAGGGCAAGAGCCUGAGGGACUUUUCCGACAUCCUGCCCCCAGGCCACUUCACCUGCCAACCGGCCCUGAUCCGAAAGUCAGGGCCGCGGUGGGUGGCGGCCGAGGAGGGUAGCCAGGCCAUCUUCUCCUGCUCGGGCGACGGAGACCCGGCUCCCACGGUGUCCUGGCGGCGACCACAGGGGGCCUGGCUGGGGCAGGCCGGGAGAGUGAGGGUCCUGGAGGACGGCACGCUGGAGAUCCGCUCUGUGCAGCUGCGGGACCAGGGGGCCUAUGUCUGCGUUGUAAGCAACAUCGCUGGCAAUGACUCUCUGAAGACCUGGCUGGAGGUCAUCCCUGUCGAGCCAGCCAACGGCACACUCCUGGACCCCAACAUCACUAUGCCGGGGAUCCCGGGACCCUUCUUCCUGGAUGGCAGGGGUGUAGCCAUGGUGCUGGCUGUUGGCUUCCUGCCCUUCCUCACCUCUGUCACCCUCUGCUUUGGCCUCAUCGCCCUCUGGAGCAAGGGCAAAGGCCGGGUCAAACAUCACGUGACCUUCGAUUUUGUGGCACCUCGGCCCUCCGGGGAUAAAAAUGCUGGGAGCAAUCGGGUCACUGCCAAGCUCUUCUGACCUUCCUUCCAUGCUCAGAACCCGGCCGGACCAGCUUCAGAUC